CAACACAUGGCUAAAACUUUUGUUGCGCAAUGAAUAAUACUUUACAGUAAAUUGCCCCGCUCGUACGUACGGAUCCGAGAGGUACAACAAUUCUGAACUCUCAAAGAAACAAUCUCACCUCAGCAUAUACUGAAUAUAAAAAAAUAUCAAUUGAAGAGAAACAAUCUUCCAAAAUAUAAAAGAAACACAUUUAUCUCAUCAUGUCGGUAAGUUACCAAACAAACGCACUUCUCAUUUAUCCAAGAUGCCUCAUUUCACAAGAAACCACUCUGACUCAUUGAAGGCUUUCUACAUAGAAAACCAGAACGUUGGCCAAAAGGAUAGCACGGAAGAUUGGCGCAGUAAGUAUUGGAUAUUUUUGAUCUCUCAGCUCAAAAUAAUGGAUGCAACUGACAAUUUUUUACAGUUCGAGGAUACAACCCGUUGACACCACCCGAUUUGCUUCAACAUGAAGUCCCCCAAACACGUGAAUCCAAGGCAACAGUGUUGAAGGGUCGUAAUGAGUCUGUUGAUAUUGUUACUGGCGCAGAUAAGAAUGGCAGAUUACUGGUAGUCAUCGGACCAUGCUCAAUUCACGAUCCUGCCGCUGCGCUCGAAUAUUGCGACAAGCUCAUGGCCCUCAAGAACAAAUACGAAGAUGACCUCUUGAUUGUUAUGCGCUCUUACCUUGAGAAACCAAGAACGACUGUUGGAUGGAAGGGUCUUAUCAACGAUCCCGAUAUCGACAACAGCUUCAAGAUCAACAAAGGAUUAAGAAUUAGCAGACAAUUGUUCGUUGACUUAACUGCCAGAGGAAUGCCAAUUGCAAGUGAAAUGCUGGAUACUAUUUCGCCACAAUUCUUGGCAGAUUUAUUGAGUGUUGGAGCUGUUGGAGCUAGGACAACUGAGAGUCAAUUGCACAGAGAAUUGGCUAGUGGAUUGAGUUUCCCAGUUGGUUUCAAGAACGGUACGGAUGGUAGUCUCGGCGUAGCCAUUGAUGCCAUCGGUGCCGUGCGACAUCCUCAUCACUUCCUUUCAGUUACCAAGCCUGGUGUUGCUGCAAUUGUUGGUACAGUUGGCAACGAAGAUUGCUUCGUUAUUCUUAGAGGUGGUACCAAGGGCACCAAUUAUGAUGCAAAGAGUAUUCAAGAGGCAAAGGCCGCACUUGAGAAGAACGGUGUCAGACAGAGAUUGAUGGUCGAUUGCAGUCAUGGAAACUCAUUGAAGAACCACAAGAAUCAACCCAAGGUCGCUGCUGUAUUGGCGGAGCAAAUUGCCGCGGGCGAGGAUGCCAUCAUGGGUGUCAUGAUUGAAAGCAACAUUAACGAGGGUACGAUCACCUAACCAUCCCCUUUCCAGAAUCUAUACUUACUUCGUAAUUAGGUGCACAAAAGGUGCCAAAGGAAGGAAAGUCCGGCCUCCAAUACGGCGUGAGUAUCACUGAUGCUUGCAUUGGAUGGGAUGACACCGAGUCAGUCCUUGAAACUCUAGCGAAUGCUGUUAAGCAACGAAGAGAGCUCAAGUCUGGUUCAAACGGGAAUUGAAGGACGGAUGAAUUAUAUCAAGCAGAUUAGUUUAUAUUGAAAUUGGUGCCAUAUAAUGAGCAUACAUCCAGUAAGGAGUUGGUUUGGAAAAAGGUUUCCUGAAUAAUUAGAUCUUGAAAAGCAAUGCGUUUGGGGCAUAAAUGACUAGAAAUUGAAAGACCAAUGACAUUUUGCAUAGUAACAUUUGUCA